AUGACUUUUGCCUUGUCAAUGUCGCUCCGCAGUUUCAGACGCAUAUUGCUCUGGAGAUGGAGUUGGAUGUCAUUGUUUGGCUUUACCACCAAGAACCAUUUGCCCAUUUUGAGUCUCGCGACGGUGCUCGCUCUCCUUGCUAGCUCUGUUGCUCCUAUAUUCGCCAUCCUUCUGGGAGACAUUUUCAACUCUUUCACAUCGUUCGGCGGUGGUGAUAUUAGUGGCGACGACCUACUCCGGAAGGUAGCGAGCCACGGCAUCGCACUUUCAGGCUUAGGUAUCGCUAGCUGGGUACUCAAUGGAGCGUACUUCAGUCUCUUCAUCGUUUUUGGGGAGCUACAAGUCUCAAACGCUCGAACCAGGAUCUUCGAAGAACUGCUGGGGAGGGAUCAGGAAUGGUUCGAAACACAGAAGGAUGGCACAAAAGCUUUCUUGUCUUAUCUUCAAGCCCAAAUUUCUGAAUUGCAGAUAGCAACCUCGCAGCCGUUAGGGCUUAUCAUGCAAUACGCAUUCAGAACUAUCAUUGCGCUCGGAUUGGCAUUCUAUACCUCGUGGAGGCUUGCAUUCAUUACUCUAGCAGGGAUCCCGGUUUUCUCAUGCAUCGUUGUUCUUCUUUCUUCUCGAAUCAAGCCAAGAAUCGAAGCCCAGCAGGUUGAACUUACCCUUGCCUCAAAAGUCGCCAAUAACGCUACGAGUCUGAUUGACACGGUCAAAUGUCUCAACGGACAGGCAUUCGAGCUUCGCGAUUUUGCCCUCAAAAUAGAUAGUGCUGCAGCUCAAUACCUCAAACAAGCACACUUAAACUCCCUACAGAUAGCAGUCAUACGAUUCAUGAUGUUCGGUAUGUUUAUUCAAGGGUUUUGGUAUGGUACUGCUCUAACGACAUCUGGGAAACUCACUGCUGGAGAAGUCCUGAGAACAUUCUGGGCCUGCUUGACCGCAGCUCAGUCGAUCGAGCUAGUCUUGCCGCAAGUAAUAGUGAUGGAGAAAGGCAAGGUUGCAGCGGUAAUGUUAAAGGAUCUUCUGAACGACCGAAGAGUGAAGAAGCACCCUAAGGAGCUGAAACGAGCUUCAUACCCCCGAUAUUGUGACGGCGACAUCGAAUUGUGUGAUACUCUUAGCGUCAAUUGGAUUAGGAACAACGUCACACUUGUCGAGCAACGGAGUGUGCUUUUCAACGAGUCCGUUUUGACUAACAUUGCCUUCGGCCGUCGAGCACACGAGACAGUGACGAAGGAUGACGUGCGCGAAUGCAUUGAUUUGGCAAUGCUCAGGGACACUAUUGAUAGCUUGCCAAAUGGUCUCGACACAUGCGUUGGGCCCGGGGGAAGCUUCUUGAGUGGAGGCCAGAGACAGAGAGUGUUGAUUGCACGAGCUAGACUAAGGGACACUCCCAUUGUCAUCAUGGACGAACCCACGAGCGCGCUGGACGGAAUAAACCGCAUAGCAGUGAUGAAAGUGAUACGGGAAUGGCGAAGAGGGAAGACGACGAUCGUUAUCACACACGACAUGUCACACAUCAUGGACCACGAUUACGUUUACGUCCUCGAGCAUGGCUCUGUUGUGCAAUCAGGAUACAGGCAUGAGCUGGAAAAUAGACCAGCAAAGGGGAAAUACUUUCCUUUCAGCGAGGGGCAAACCUCCUCGAAGAGUCCUGCGAAGCCGGAAGCCUCCUACAUCAAUGACGAGACGCAGGAGAUAGUCGAUGUUCCAAAUACUAUUUGGGCAAGUAACUUUGGCUUCCCGAAAUACAAAGAAACAUCAGUUUUGUCAAGGAGAACUCCUUCGCAAUUUAAGAACGCUCAACUGUUCGAUCACAGAAUCGAAGAAAUGCAGGUUUCCACAGGACUGAGUAACAUGGUCAAGGCACAGGUCACGCCCCAAGCAGAGGAGAUCUCAAUACCUGUUGGAGUUGCUAUACCGAUGCGUGAACUAAGUAUGCCGCAGUCACGCACAUCAUUCGUCUCUGUCAAUCGACUCCGAUUACAUCGCGCUUCUCUGACUCUCCCUGUUCCUCAAGCAGAAGCAACAAACUAUCCGCAAUCUAUCAAGCAGCCUCAAGCCGCAAGAGGGAACACUCCACUUUCGGGGCAGCAUCGUCUCUCCAUAUACCAGAUCAUGCGGACAUUAGUGCCCAUCCUCACCCUGAGACAGCGGUUGCUGCUCCUGCUCGGAAUCAUAUCUGCACUGGUGGAUGCUACUGCAACGCCUGUUUUCUCUUACUGCCUCUCUCAGCUCUUCCAGUCAUUCUACGGCAUGAGAGUCAGCUCCUUGAGAUGGGCGCUGGCUGUUCUAGGUGUCGCCUUAAUUGACGGGACUGCCUCUUACUUCAUGCAUUAUCUUUUGGAAGCAUCAGGUCAGGCCUGGGUUGAUCAGCUUCGCAAGGAGGCAUUCAGACGAGUGUUAGACCAGCCUCGGCAGUGGUUCAAUGAAGAAGGCAACUCGCCCUCCCGGAUUACUGCUUGUCUUGAUCAAAACGGGGAAGAUAUGCGGAACCUAGUAGGCCGUUUCGGCGGCUACGUCCUGGUAGCUGUGGUAAUUACCGUGACCGCAGUCAUUUGGUGUCUAGUGGUCUGCUGGAAGCUCACCCUGGUGGCGCUGUCUUGCGGUCCCAUCAUUUAUGCCAUUACCAGGGGAUUUGAGGGAACCAGCGGACUAUGGCAGGGGCGGUGCAAUGAAGUUACCAGGAAUGCAUCCGACGUAUUGGUUGAGACGUUCUCAGAAAUACGUACUGUGCGGACCCUAACGCUCGAGCCGUUCUUUCACAGGAAAUACUUGAAGGCGGCGUCAAAAUGCAUGACAAUGAGCCUCAAGAGGGCGGCUUACACCGGGAUUUUGUUCGGCCUUGUAGAGUCUACAAUAAUCUUCGUGAGUGGUUUGAUCUUUUACUAUGGAGCGCUUCUCGCAUCGUCUGGAUAUACGGUUGAAAAUGUGAUGACCGUAUUUUCAAUGCUGUUAUUUAGCAUCGGAUAUGCGAGCACGGUACUUUCAUGGAUUCCGCAAAUCAGUGCUUCUCAAGACAUGGCUACUCAGCUGCUCCGACUGGCUAGCCUACCUGUUGGGCAAUCCCAUGAACAUAAGGGUGACAAACGCCCUCUAAAGGCAGCACCAGUGAAAAUACGAAGUCUGACCUUUCGAUAUCCAUCACGGCCCGACGCUCCUGCUCUCCGAAACGUGACUCUCUCUAUAGCUGAGAAUUCUUGCACUGCGAUUGUCGGUGGCUCUGGAUCAGGAAAGUCGACCGUAGCAUCCUUGAUCCUCUCUCUAUACGAAACACCGCUGUCCAGAUACGAGACGCCGACCAUCUCAAUCGGGGGUCUGGAUAUCCGACGCCUCCACACGCCGUCCCUUCGUUCCCUGAUAUCGAUUGUGUCACAGCAACCUACGAUAUUCCCAGGCACCAUACAUCACAAUAUCUGUUACGGCUUGAGGGAUGAGUCCCCCCUCCGUGAAUUUCACAGUGUUCGUGCUGCAGCUCAAGCUGCGGGCAUCGAUGACUUCAUCGUGUCACUUCCCAGCGGCUAUUCGACUGCCAUUGGGGACGGUGGCGUGGGCCUGUCCGGCGGCCAGGCGCAGCGAUUGGUGAUUGCACGAGCUGUGGUACGCCGGCCGCAGAUGCUAAUCCUGGACGAGGCAACUUCGAACCUUGAUCCGGAGAGUGCAAAGGUGAUUCGGCAGACAGUGCAGAGGCUGGUAUCGGCUCGAUCAGGCCUUACCGUGAUAAUCAUUACACAUUCCAGAGAAAUGAUGGAGAUUGCGGACAAUAUCGUCGUUCUUCAACAGGGGUCUAUUGUGGAACAAGGCCCUUACGAUGUUCUUGCAAGGCGGCGCGGUGGAAAAUUGAAAGCUUUGAUAGAGGACAGCGAGGACGUAAACACAUAG